AUGGAUGAAGUAACCGAGUUUGUACAUUCUAAAGUCAUGGUAAAGACUUAUAACGGUGUUUCUUAUCAAGGUGUUCUUUUAGGUAUUGAUCCUUAUUUAAAUGUUGUUUUACAAGACGUGCUAAUUAAUUCACAAGUAAAGAAAUCAUCCCUCUUUAUUAAAGGCUCAAAUGUACUGUAUAUUGGGUUGAAUGUGAAUUGA